GCAACGAAUUUGGCCAUCCAGAAUGGCUUGAUUUUCCGCGUAUAGGUAACAAUGAAUCAUUUCAUUAUUGCCGAAGACAAUGGAAUCUAGUAGAUGAUGAGCUUCUUCGAUAUAAAUAUUUGAAUAAUUUUGAUCGAGCAAUGAACGAGUUGGAAGAGAAGCAUCAUUUCUUAUCACGUGGGCCGGCGUAUACAUCGUGGAAACAUCAAGAUGAUAAAAUGAUAGCAUUCGAACGUGCUGGUCUUCUGUUUAUUUUCAAUUUUCAUACGUGCAAGAGUUUCUCGGACUAUAAAAUUGGUAUCGAAGUGGCAGGAGAGUAUGCAUUGGCACUGAGUACUGAUGACACCGAAUUUGGUGGAUUUAAUCGACUGGAUAAAAAUCAGCAUUACUUUACCUUCUCGGAAGGUUAUGCAGGACGACGUAAUCAUCUCUGCAUUUAUAUUCCCUGUCGUGUUGCUAUUGUUUUAGAAAAAGUAGGCGAAAAGCCUGCUUUCUGA